UGACUCUUUCCCCCAAUCGUAAAGCAGAAACAAUAGAGCAGGAAAUGGAGAAAUUGCAGCAACAUCAAUGGUCGAGAGCUGUGAAAUCACGGUUAUCUUACAAGAACGCCACAAUUCUUGUCUGCUUAUUCAACAUCACUACUGUUCUUCUCUUGCUCCAUGGCUUUCUCUAUUCCCCCUCUUCCAAAUCGCCCAUCUCUAAUAAAGCUCUAUACAGGCAUAUAAAGGAAUCCGAAGACAUAAGACGCACUUUGAUUCCUCGUGAUCUCAUCAAGAGAGUUAGAGAAAUUGGAGAGGAUUUAUAUGUCGAAACAGAACAGAUCCUACAGAAAGAUGCGAAGCAGACAGCUGCAGUGGACCUUAGAUCAAGAUUGAAUAAUUUCCGUUCGUAUUCAGAUGCAGGCAGCAACAAAGCACUUGAGGAGUGGCGCAAGCGGAAGAUGGAGAGGGCGAGGCAACGUUCUUUGGGAAAGGAUGGAACGGCCAGCUCCCAGCCUUAUUGAAUUGCUGUUUGUUGCUCGAUGGUCGUCAUUCCACUAGCUUGAUCAUCGUAAUUCGUAUUGUAUUUAUUUCUCUUGAAUAUUUGAUAUGUUCAUGCUUUGUAUAAUGUACAUUGGAAUUUUGUACCGUUGUGUAACAUUUUCAGUGUCA